CACACUACCACCACGCUUGACGCUUCCAACGCAAGGAGCUCCUCCGCUCAGCUCUCAUUAAUCCGCCCGCACGCACUGCGCCGCCCAGUAUAAGCUUCGCUGCGUCCCACCGCUUCCAAGUCAGCCAGCCGAGCGCGGGGGGUCAGGGCCAUGAAGCCGCCGGCGGCGAGCCCGGGCCGCGCGGAGAAGCCGCAGCUGCCGGCGCCGGCGCCGCCGGGGCUGGCGCGGCUGCUGCUCAGCAAGAGCCGCCGGGGCGGCCGGUCCCGCCGCGCGCCGGCCACGUCGCCCAUGUUCGUGUCCCGCGGCCGGAGCCGCGCGGCGGACGGGGAGCCGUCGUCGCCCAAGGUGACGUGCAUUGGCCAGGUGCGGAUGCGCAAGGGGAAGAAGGGCAACAAGGGGGCGGCGGAGGCCAAGGCGGAGAAGGGCACCAAGGGGUACUGCCGGUGCCUCAAGAAGGCGUUUUUGUGCGGCGGGCUGUUCGAUUUCGACUCCAGGAAGCGGAGGCAGAAGGCGCCGCCGCCGGAGGUGGAGAGGGCACGCCGAUCGCCCUGGGUGUUCAGCAGCAGGGACGUGGCCGUCGCCGCCGUGCCCAAGGUGGCGGAUCCGAGGAGCGGGAGCCAGGGACAGGGGCACGAGGACGACGAGGAGGAGGAGGAGGUGGUGGUGGGAGUGGGCGUCUUCGGAUCGAUCGGGAGGGAGGAGGGGGAGAAGAUGGGGAUCGGUGGCGGCUGCAGCAGCGAGGAGGAGGAAGAGGACGGCGACGACGGGCGGGAGGCGCAUCUGGUGUCGUCGGCGACCACCACGCCGCCGAAGAACGCGCUACUCCUGAUGCGCUGUCGGUCCGCGCCGCAGAACCGCACGUCGCCGCUCACGUCCCGGUUCCCCGCCGCGGCGCCGGCGCCGGUGCCGUCGCUCUCGCCGACCAGGGACGCCCUCGUGGCGGUGGCGCUGGAGAUCGCCGCGUCCCCGUCCCCUCGCAAGCCGGACAGGGCGUCUCCGUCCUCCCGCAAGCCGUCCGUGGAGAAGGCGUUCGCCGACGCGGACGGCGGCGAGAAGGGGCAAUGGGGACCGGCGGCCGCGCAGGAGCAGGACCCGCAGCUGAUCGGGGCACGAGAAGAGGAUGACGAGGAAGACGACGAGGAGUUCGAGGAGGAGGACGAGAUGCGGUGCUCGUCUGCGCGGCCGCUGGUGCUGCCGCGGUGCAAGUCGGAGCCGGCGACGACCGCGGCCGCGAAGAUGGCGUCGGGGGCGGCCGCCGCGGACGCGACGACCGCCGGGUGCUUCUGGGCCCACGGCGGGAGCAGCGGGCGGAGGCGGCACGCGCCGUCGGCCGCCGGGGCGCCGGUGGCCUUGACCGGUCACUGAGGCCGGAGGUCGCGGGACCGGCGGGUGGAGUGGGCCCGCCCACCAGUAUAAUCGUUUUCCUUGUGUCUGUUGCUGUUAAUUUGGUACUAGUAGUAUACUAGUAGAGUAUUGGUAAGCUUGUGUAAUACUUUUGGCUAGUCAGUCUUCCCUGUUCAUCUCCCUCCAUGCAAAAGAUGCUGCUCCUCUGUACAAAUAUUUUCACCUCAUUGCCAUGAAAAUUUCAUCUCUGUUCCUUCUGCGUAUUA